UUUACAAUUCUGUUGUAAAUAAACGAAUGACAGAGACGCUGCUGUUGAUAAUGAAAUUGCUACCAAAAUAUAUAAUCAAUACGGAAUCCCAAUACUCGACUGUGUAUCAAGGCUGGUGUGGCUACGUUGAUGUCAUUCCUACCCGCCAGUUUGCCUCCAGCCGCUAGAGUCAGUCUGUGUUGUGCAACACAGGUAGCUUGUGGCCAAUGCCACAGGCACAAUCUGCCGAGAGAAGUGGACUAUCGACCUAGAAAAGAGCUUGCAAGUUGGCCUCAAGAGACCUAUCUUGUGUUUGUGGACUCACCAGCACUAAACAAUUGUCAUGUCGGAGUUAAAUAAAGAGGUGGUGGAUUUGGUUUGGGGGAGACCCUCCAGUGGAGGAGUGUCUGCCUCCAUCUUCCGUAGAUGGACCCAAGGAUUUGUUUUUUGUGAGAAUGAGCAAACAGCACUGGAGCAGUUUGAAGGAGGACCUUGUGCUGUUAUUGCACCUGUCCAGGCUUUCCUCUUAAAGAACAUUCUCUUCAACAGAGAAAGUUCCAACUGGAGACAGAUGACAGAAGAGGAGCAGAAAACAGCACUGUGUUCCACACUGAGUGAAAUCCUGGAGUCUGCCUGCUCCAGCCCCUCUACAGGGUUCUGCCUGGUGACGUGGGCCAAGGGACAAAGCCCACAUACUAGCACACAGACACAGUCACAAAUGCAGGACAUGGCCGCACCAGAGAGCAGCCAGCCGCCACAGGAACAGCAGCCCACUGCUUUGGCUGUUGAGGUCCUUGGCUUUGAGCGAUUUCACAGUGUUCUCCAUAAGCGGACUGUAAUGUCAGUGUCUGGUCUCAGAGAAGAGGUGUUGUCUCUCUACCACACCUGGAGGGGGUGCUGUGGAGUCUUGCAUUUCCUCUACUCUGUCAUCCUCACCAAGGGCAUAGAGAAUAUAAGAAAUGAGAUCCAGGACACAAUGGAGCCUCUCAUAGAUCCUGUGCAUGGCCAUGGCAGUCAGAGCCUGGUGAACCUUCUUGUAAGUGGCCACGCUGUCUCUAAUGUCUGGGAUGGAGACAGGGAGUGCUCUGGCAUGAAACUACAUGGUAUUCAUAAACAGGCAUCAGUUGGCUUUCUUACGCUUAUGGAAUCAUUACGCUACUGCAAGGUUGGGGCAUUCCUCAAGUCUCCAAAGUUCCCUAUUUGGAUCCUUGGCAGUGAAACUCACCUCUCUGUGUUUUUCACCAAGGAGAUGUCCCUGGUAGGUCCAGAGUCUCCAUCAGAACAGGCAAGGAGGGUCUUCCAGUCAUACGAUCCUGAAGAUAAUGGCUUCAUCCCAGAGUCUCUGCUGGAGGACGUGAUGAAGGCCCUUGACCUUGUCUCAGAGCCCGAGUAUGUCAGUCUGGUGAAGAGUAAGCUGGAUCCAGAGAAUUUGGGCAUUAUUCUUCUGGGCCCGUUCCUGUUGGAGUUUUUCCCUGAUCAGGAUUCAGGAAUCCCAGACUCAUUUCCCAUCUACCACUACAAUGGACUUAAACAGUCCAACCACAACGAGAGGGUGGAGUAUGUGGAAGGGACGGCUUUGGUGCUGGGUUUUGAGGACCCGAUGGUUCGAACGGAUGACACUCCAGUCAAGCGCUGCCUGCAGACCAGGUGGCCCUACAUCGAGCUUCUGUGGACCACCGACCGUUCCCCGUCACUAAACUAGCACUGACACCCUGUACGUGGAUGGGCCGCUGCUACACACACACACACACACAUACACACACACACACGCACUCCUCUUCGGCUUCCCCCUCUGUACGCUGACCAUGAAAGGUCAGCAGGUCACAUCAACAUACACACAUACAACACAGACGAAUGAGAAUGACAAAAACACAAAUGCACACAAGAGACUAACAUAAACAUGUCCGUGGACUUAACAUACAUGCCUGAUAUCCAUUCUUCCAUCCUCACUCACACAUUCCACACAAAUUCUAACUCACCUUAACAGUUCAUGCUAUUGUCAGUUCACCAUGGCUUGUAAUUUACACACAGGAUGUUGAUGAUGUAAGUAUUUAAAAGACAAAAAAAAGAAUGACUUUUUGCAUUGACUAUUUUUACAGCUCUGCUCUGUGCCGAUAUCUCUGCUACAGUUAAGCAGUAGACCACUAGAAACUAUUUAGAGAGCAAACUGGUUUUGUUCAAGUGUGUCUCCAAAACACAUGCUGAACCUCAUGUACAGCCAGUCGACUGUGAAACACUACUGUUAAUCCAGCUACAGGACUGUUCGAGGGGAAACCUACCAAAGCCUUCCACAUAAAACACACACACACACACACACACACACACUGUCACACUCACUGAUAAGCGUUUACAGCGUAAAGGGACCAACCCAGACGCAGAGACCUGGAAAUGCGAACAGGAGGUUUCUUCAGUGUUUUCACAGAGAUUAAGCUGGUUUAGGUGCUCUGUUUGUGUGUGUGUGUGCUUCGUGCACCACACUAGGAUGUUGGCCAAGAGUUCAUGUAUUUAUUAUCACACUCAAAGGUUCGGGAAUAAACACUUUUUUUG